AUGCGUAUUUAUUCAUAUACGGUACCACAAACUUACAGUUCAUAUCGAGAAGCAGAUCAUUAUCGAGAUAAAUGUGUUAUUGUCGUUGGUGCUAGUCAUUCUGGCAUUGAUAUAUCAGGUGAAUUAGCUCUAGUAGCUAAACAAGUAAUAUUAAGUAUGAAAGAAGAAAAUCAAAAAGAUUUAGAAUUAGUUCUUAAUCAACUUCAACUAAGUGGAAAACAAUUAUGUACUGAUUAUUUAUCAACAACAUUUUCUAUAGAACCACCUAUUGAACGUAUUGAUAAAGAUAUAGUCUAUUUUAAAAAUCAAACUUCCAUUAAACCUGAUUUAAUCAUAUUUGCAACUGGUUAUGAAUAUCGAAUGCCUUUUCUUCAAGGUAAACUACAAGUUGAUCAAAAUUGUUUAUUAAAAGAUCAUUAUGUUUAUCCAUUAUACAAGCAAUUAUUUCAUGCUGAUUUUCCUAAUGGUACACUUUCAUUUUUAGCUAUUCCUUAUCGUAUUGUACCAUUUCCACUUGCUGAAAUACAAUCACAUAUUGUUGCACGUGUCUUAUGUGGAAAAAUAUUCUUACCAUCUCGAGAUGAAAUGAUCUAUGAAAUAGAUCAUUCAUUAUUACCACGUAAUCGAAGAUAUCAUUAUGUUAAUAUGAUAAAUUAUACAGAAAAUUUAUUUGAAAUAAUGAAUGAAAGUAAUAAAUUUUUUAAUUAUAUAUUUACAAUUGAUAAUCAACGAUGUAUGCCACAGUAUAGUUUUGAUGAAAUUCCACAAAUUGAAUCACGAUCUCGUGUAGCUAUUGUUACUGGUGCUAAUGAAGGUAUUGGAAAAGUAACAGCACGUGAAUUAGUACGAAAAGGUUGGCAUGUUAUUGUUGCUUCACGUAAUGAAGAAAAAGCACAACAUGCUAUUAAUAGUAUUCGACAAGAAAUUAAUAUGUCUGAUGCGCCACUUGAUUUUAUUCAACUUGAUCUUUCAUCAUUUACAAGUAUACGAAAAUUUGUUGAUGAAUUUCAUCAACGACAAUUACCUUUACAUCUUUUAAUAAAUAAUGCUGGAUUAUUUUUAUCUGAAUUUCAAUUAUCUGAAAUCGGUGAAGAAUUACAAUUUGCAACAAAUCAUCUGGGACAUUUUCUUUUAACAAAUUUAUUAUUAGAUGAUCUUCGAGCAUGUAUACCAUCACGUAUUGUUAUUGUAUCUAGUGGUGCACAUUUGCAAGCAACAAAUAUUGAACUUGAUGAUCAAAAACGUAAUCAACCUUUUCCAACAUCAUCCAUUAGUAAAUUUCGAGCAGGUUUUCAAUGUUAUCGUCAAUCAAAAUUAGCCAAUGUUAUGAUGUGUACAGAACUUGUGCAUCGACUUGGACCUGAAUCGAAAGUCUAUUGCAAUACUUUACAUCCCGGUGUAAUUAAAACAUCAAUUUGGAGAAAUAAUAAAUGGAGUGGACGUUUGAUGACACCAUUUAUGCGAUCAGUUGAUAAUGGUGCCAUGACAACACUUUAUCUUGCCACUCAUCCUGAUAUUGAACAAAACAAUAUACGUGGUACUUAUUUUGUUCCUAGUAAAAUAUUGCCACCACCCUAUUGUCGACCAGCUAUAGCCGAAAUGAAUCCAAUUGCACAAGAUAGACAACAAUGUCAACAACUAUGGGAAUUAAGUCAACGUUUAACAAAAUUAAAUACAACAAUUUAA